AUGGCAUCCACAUCCAUGUCCACGCUGCGGGAGCUGUCGGAACUGCUGGAAACCCACGAGCUGAAGAUGCAAGUGCUGCUGGCGGAACAGGGCAGAGCAGUGCAGGAGUCUUUGGAGCUGCUGUUCAAAGAUGCCAGGAUGCAUUCCUGGAAGGAGCCCAGCGAGGCCCGCGUGCGCUUUGCCGAUGAAGGCUCCAGCCAGUCCAACGAGACGGCCAAGGAUAGAUAUGACACAGCGGCCGUGAGCCCCGUGGAGGGACAUGCAGGAGGCAGCAGCGAAAAAAGCGACGCGGACUGCCGUGAACAGCCAGUAGGCAAGUCGAGGAGUGACAAUGCCAUUCUGGAGCUGACAUCAAUGACGGAGCGGCACAGCAGCCGUGCCAUGGUUACAGAGACCCACCUGAACAUCGACAAUGUGAAGAUUGAGAAGCGGAAGCCGGAGAAGCAAUUGACAGGAUUCCGCAAGAACGUCUUUGACUUUUUGCAAUCAAGCCCGUGCGAGUACACGGUCGCUCUCAUCAUCGUGGCAAACUCUGCGAUGUUUGGUGUACAAGCAGACUACUCCGUCAAGUACCCCGGCCAGCCCCCUUCAGAUGCUUUCCGGAUUGUGAACCAGGCCUUCAAUAUUUUUUUCGUAUUGGAGCUGACCCUGCGCAUCAUCGCAGACGGUGUCACCUUUGUAUCAUGCUGGAAUCCAGAUUUCAGAUGGAACGUGCUGGACUCGCUGUUGGUGAGCUUGUCCAUUUUCGAGGAGAUCUAUUCCAAUAUAUCCAUCGGUGACACCAAUCGAUUGGACAUGACCUCUGCGCGCGUGAUGCGGCUCUUGAGGUUGGUCAGAGUCGUGCGCGUGUUUCGGGUUCUACGCUUUUUCGCGGACCUGCGCAUCAUGGUCAUGGGCAUCAUGGGGUCGUUCAAAGCUCUGGUGUGGGCUUUGCUGCUGCUUUUUAUCAUCAUCUACGUGACUGGAAUCAUCAUUCUGCAGUUUGUCGCAGAAGCUGCAGGCAAUGGAUGGGUCACGGUGGGCACCGGAAUUGAGUACAGCGGCAUGGCCAUGUUCAACUCACUGGAGCGCUGUUGCUUCACUCUCUUCCUCUGCAUCUCAGGAGGGAUCAGCUGGGUGGAAGUGGUCAACGUUCUGGAAGCUGUGAACCCACUGCUGGUUCCAGUUUUGUCGCUGUAUGUCGCGUUCGCCGUAUUCUGCGUUCUCAACAUUGUGACAGGAGUCUUCGUGGAGCGAUCCACAACCAUGCGCCAGAUGGAUGAGGAGAACAUGAUGUUCGAUGAGCUGGAAUCCCGCAAAAAAUGGCUCAGAGAGAUUCGGGUGCUCUUCCAGGCAGCUGACAGAGAUGGCUCUGGCCAAGUGGAAUGGCUAGAGUUCCAAUCAGUCAUGGGCGACUUCCAUGCGCAAACCUGCAUGAAGAACCUGGGUUUUGAUACUACCCGGGUCAGCCCAGCGCAGCUGUGGUCUCUCAUCGACUAUGACAACAGUGGUUUGAUCGACAUUGACGAGUUUGCAGAUGCAUUGAUGAAGCUGCAGGGCGUAGCUCACAGCAUUGACAUUGCCCGGCUGCGGCACGAUGUGGCGAAGCUUUACAAAGCCAUUUCCUCCUUUUCCAUCUUUUGCAACGACCAAUUCGCGGAGGUAAGAAAUGAGCUGUGUACUACGAAGCUGCCGAGGAAGUUGCUGGGCGCUGCUGCCUCCCCAGAGCGCGUGCUGAUAUGA